AGCCUAUCACACAAUUUCUUAUCAGAACUUCCUGCAACAUACAAUGACCUAUUCAAGUUAAGGAAACUAAAUCUGAGCAAUAACUGGAUAGUAAACAUUCCUGCGUGUGUGUUCCAAAUGAGGACUCUGGAUUUUCUGCACCUGGGAGGAAACAAAAUCGAAAACAUUACAGAGAGUAUUAAAUGUUUAGAGAGCUUGACAAUUCUGAUUAUUGACAAUAACAAGAUCAGUGUACUGCCUCGAUCUAUUUGUUUAUUGACCUCUUUGGAACUCUUAAAUUUGGAUUAUAACAAAAUACAAACACUUCCAAAUGACCUGUUUUUAUUAAGAAGACUAAGACGAAUUGCAUGGAACCCAGUCGACAAGGGUCUUCAUAUUCGAAACAAUCCUUUAGUGAGGCCCUUAUCAGAAGUUGUAGAAGGUGGAAUAGAUAUGCUAUUCAGUUACCUUAAAGACAUAAAAAAAAUAAACUGA